ACCAAAUCUUUUAGGAUAUAAUAUUCUUAUACGAGUACUAUUUUACUCCAAAUUUAUUAGCAGAUUUAUUUGACUAAUAUAUUUAAUUGCCAAUUUGAGUCUAUUUUGUGUUCUAAUUUUGUAUAUCUGUUAUUCUUGGAUGUCACGUCUAACAUCGUCGUCUUCUUCUUUCUCAAGUUUUAGUAUUCAACAAUUUUUGUCUUCUUAAAUUCCCAUUUUUUCUGGGUUCAUAUAUUUCUAUUUUCUGGGCAACUUUGUAUUUUUAGAUGUUUUUAAUCUAAUUUUUUUACAGUAAGUGAGUAUGCAAAAUACAAGUAUGUCAAACAACAAUAACGUGGGAGGUCUUUUGAAGAUCAUAUAUGUGGUUUUUGCAUUCUGUGCUGCCCUUUUUCUAGGCGCUCUUAAAGGUUUGCUGGUGGGUCCAAUUGCUGGACUGAUAUUGAUUGUAGGAAAUGUUGCAGUAAUUCUGGGUUUAUUCCCUGUACAUGUUGCUUGGACAUUUUACACCAUUGUAAACACGAACAGAUUCGAUGUACCGCUUAAGGUUGCAAUUUUGUUGGGUUUACCAGCUCUAGCUGCUAUUUGGUUGGCUUUGAGUAUCGCAGGAAGUGUAAUUGUGGGGGUGGGAUAUGGAUUUUUCACUCCUUGGGUUUCAGCUUUUGAGGCCUUCAGACAAGAGACUGAAUCUAAUAAAUUUCUGCAUUGCAUUGUGGAUGGAACAUGGGAUACUAUCAAAGGAAGCUGUACUGUUGUCCGUGAUUUUGCUGAUAUUUGCAUUCAUUCAUAUCCAGUUUACUUGAAGGAGGUUCGUGAAUCGACAAGCUCGGAUGAGCUUCAGACUCUUAGGUUUAUUCAUGUACCGGCAAUCAUUGUUGUUGGUUUGAUGGGUCUAAUCAUUGAUGUUCCCUCUUACACUGCUAUCGCCAUAAUAAAGAGUCCUUUAAUGUUGCUUAAGGGAUGGCAGCGCCUAACACAUGACCUUAUUAGUCGUCAGGGGCCUUUCCUUGAAACAGCUUGUAUCCCUGUUGCUGGUUUGACAAUUCUCUUGUGGCCCUUGUUUGUUAUUGGAAGCAUUGUUUUGGCCAUCUUCUCAAGUGUUUUUGUGGGAUUGUAUGGUUCAAUUGUUGUAUAUCAGGAAAGAUCUUUCCGGAGAGGCCUUGCUUAUGUAGUUGCAAUGGUUGCUGAAUUUGAUGAGUACACUAAUGAUUGGCUUUACCUGAGAGAAGGAACUAUACUACCAAAGCCCCGAUACAGAAAGAAGCAGGCUACAAACUCAUCAGAACUUACUGUUCGUGGUGACCGGUUCAACUCAGCUUCCAUGGAACCGCCUACAAUGCUUAUGCCUAGCUUGGGACCUUCUAGAUCAGUCAGGGAAACAAUACAUGAAGUGAAGAUGGUCCAAGUGUGGGGAAACAUGAUGCGUACAUGUGAAAUAAAAGGCAGAGAGCUUCUUGAUGCUAAUGUUUUAACCCGGACUGAUCUCUAUGAAUGGCUAAAGGCAAAGAACAGCCAUGAAGCACCCAUUGUUGGAGUUGGUCUUCCUAGUUAUUCAGCUUUGGAUACUCUCUUGCGUUCCAUCAAGGCCGGGGCAGAUGGUAUACUGCUGCUUGAUGAAGUGAUAGUGAACCAAGAGAAUAGACCUCAUGAUAGACUAUUAGAUUGGUUUUUCAACCCUCUAAUGGUGUUAAAGGAGCAGAUCAAGACUUUGAAAUUGGGUGAUGGUGAAAUGCAAUAUCUGGAGAGAGUGCUUCUUUUCGGAAGCCAUCCCCAGAGGAUGGAGGCCUGGGAAAACGGCUGUGUGAUUCCUCAAGACCCCCUCAGAGCUGCUCAAAUCCAAGGCAUUAGUAGAAGGAUGGCUGGAAUGGCGAGAAGCAUGUCAAAGCUUCCCACAUACAGGAGGAAAUACCGCCAACUUGUCAAAGAUUUACUUGCUUAUCAAUCAGAAAAGGAAGGCGUCUCAAUCAAGUAUGAGUCUGUAAGAUCCAUUGCUUCAGUGGAACUCGUGUAAAAUUCACUGUUAGUUUUCACAAUUGUAUAUAAUGCAAUCUGCAAAUAGAUAGGCAUUCUUUGUUAUGCUUUGGUGGUUGAUAGUUCUUGUACACACACCUCUCCAGAGUACAUAUAUCUCAGACAUUCUUGCCCAUGGCAUAGUUAGAUGUUUAUAAUGUAUGAACUGGUUGCUUGAGAAUAUUACAAAACUUCCUCUUUUGGGAUGUUAUUGAAAAGUAAACUCAAUUUAUGGUUCCUGUCCUUUGUAACCA